UAUAUAUAUAUAUACUUAUUUCCGUUGUAAAAGAGUUCGUUAUUCUAGAUCAAUCAUUAGAUCAAAUACCAGCAUUUUCAUUCGUAAGAUUGUAAAUUUAACUUCUGAUUUCUGUGUAUUUUAGCGGCCGCAGUUUUAUCUAUAAUAUUAUUUGUGUCGUGUUUCGAGUACUUAACAGUUCAUAUCGAUAACUAGUGGAUAUAAUAUUAUUACAUAGUCGAAAGUUCCCGCGUGUUAUCGAAUUAACUCGUGAUCACAACAUCAUAUUAUAUUGUACGUCGAUUUUAUUUAUACCGACGUUUACCAUGUUGUCAAAUAGUUGUCAUUUACAUUUCGGUGCACUCGAAUAACCGUCGGUAGUCGUUCCAGCAUAAUAUUAUUAUAGUAUUUACAUUUUACCUAAGAUACAUUUUUUCUACGAUGAGUGAAAACGGCAUUAACACAACAAUAUGCGAAAAGGACACAUACGGCACGUUCUUCGACGAUGCAACUUCCGAAACGUCGUUGUUAAAUGACAACUACAGCCGAGUCAUGGGUAAGAUGAGUGGGUCGGUGGUGAUCAACGUGAAGCGGCCGGUUUAUCAGAUGGAUGAUCUGCAUGACUGCAAUGUUAACGGGGACGUGGACCUGGAGGCGACCGCCAAGCGGAAAAAGGUAUCCAAGCUGAAGUGGUCGGACGUAAAAACGGUGGUGCCAGCAGUCGACUGGCUGUUCACCAACUACAACUGGUCGGAGGACUUCUUCAAGGACUUCGUGGCUGGCUUUACGGUAGCCGUGCUAAACAUACCGCAGGGCAUGGCAUACGCUAUGCUCGGCAACGUGGACCCGACCGUCGGCCUCUACAUGGCCAUCAUGCCCGUCAUCGUUUAUAGUCUGCUGGGUACAUCCAGACACGUGUCCAUGGGGUCGUUUUCGGUCGUUUGCUUGAUGACCGGCAAGGUGGUUAGCAUGUACGCCAAUUCCAACGCCAACUACAUCAACGCCAACAUCGACGCGGACGCCACAGCCGGGACGCUCAUUGACCAAGCGGUAUCUCUGCAGCCGCACCACGCGGCCGCUGUGUACACGCCCAUCGAGGUGGCCACGGCGGUCACUCUGAUGGUCGGCCUCAUACAGAUACUUAUGUACGUGUUUCGGCUGGGCGUCGUGUGCACGAUACUGUCCGAGACGCUGGUCAGCGGGUUCACGGCCGGCGCGGCUGUCCACGUGGUCACUUCCCAGAUGAAGGAGCUGCUGGGCGUCAAGAUCGAUAACCACAACGGGCUGUUCCAGAUCGUGCUCACCUACUACGACAUCGGCAAUCGGAUACGAGACGUCAACUUCGCCACGAUCACCGUGUCCAUCAUCACCACAGUUCUGCUGCUAACCUACAAUACACACCUGAAAGCCUUCAUCAACAAGCGCCUGUUCAUGCCCGUACCCAUCGAGCUCAUCACCAUCGUCACUGGGACGGCGCUUUUCCAGUUCACCACGUUCUCGGAAGACUAUCAAAUCAAACUGAUAGGUGAAAUCGAGAGAGGGUUACCCGACUUCAAACCGCCGCCGGUGAACUUGCUGAUGAGCGUAAUCACCGAGAGUGUGAUAAUCGCGAUCGUCGCGUACUCGAUCACCAUGUCCAUGGCACUGCUGUUCUCCGAGAAGCUCAAGUACUCGAUCGACACGAACCAAGAGCUGCUGGCCCAGGGCGUCGGAAACGUGUUCGGUUCGUUCUUCUCGUGCCUGCCGUUCGCCGCGUCUCUGUCGCGCAGCGCCACGCAGCAGACAGUCGGCGGCCGCACCCAGAUGGCCAGCAUCGUGUCGGCCGGUCUGCUGGUGGCCGUCGUCUUGUGGAUCGGCCACCUGUUCCAGCCACUACCCAGGUGCGUGCUGGCCAGCAUCACGAUCGUGGCCCUCAAGGACAUACUGCUCCAGGUGCGGGACGUGGUGCGCGUGUGGCGGACGUCCAAGGCGGACGCGGCCAUCUGGAUAGCCACUUACGCCACCGUGGUGCUGGUCGAAAUCGACGUCGGGCUGCUAGCCGGCGUGGUCGUGUCGCUGUUCUUCGUGUUCAGCCAGGGAAUUGGAACCGGCGUCGUGGUGUUGGGCCGAAUACCCGACACCGACCUGUACGUGGACAUGGACAGGUACCGGCGGGCCGUCGAAGUGCCUCGCGUCCGGAUCGUCCACUACUCCGGCAGCCUGAACGUGACCAACCGGAACGUGUUCCGUGAAAAGGUGCAAGGCGUGCUGUCCCGGUACGACGGGCAGCUGGCCCCCAUCACCAUAUCGAUAAACAGUGGCAAGGAGACAGUGGUCCGAGCCCAGUGCGUCGUGUUCGACCUGUCCGGUAUGCAUUACGUGGACAGCUCUGGGCUGACCAUGUUCACUCGGCUCGUCGAUCAACUCAACGAGGCCGGCCUGCUGGUGUACGUGGCCGCCGUGUCAGGCAACGUGUACGACUGCAUGAGAGCCCGGCAACUCGGAACGGUACAGUUCUUCCCGUCCGUCCACGAUGCUGUCGAAUACUACAACAACCUGGAAGAGUUGAGAGCGUGAUCGUGUCGUCCGCCCGCAUAUCCGUCGCAGCGGUACUUCGUCCGAGCUCGCGCCCCGAAAAAAAAUCGUUUCUACUCCGGUCUGUCUACAUAUUAUAUAUUUUUACAUACAUUUGUGUCUUCGUGAAAACGCGACUUGGCGUUUAUAGCAGAUGGACAAAAUUAAAAAUUUAAAAAAAAAAAAAAAAACAAAUUUCAUACGAUUGUAUUCGUUGGCGCGAAUUAAGUAUAUAUUUUAAAACCUUUUCCAAUCAGAGUGAACCGCACUCAUCAUGACCGCGUCUGUCACAAUAAUAUAAUAAAAACAUCACUCUAUUUAUAGGUAUACGCAAUUGAUUCGGUCGGGAUUCGAGCGCAGUUUUAUUCUAGGUUCCUUUCGUUUCCUGUCGUAGUACCAAGUCAUACAUUUCGUCGGAUCCGUUGGACAAUAUGUCGGAUAAACGAAGUAGUUCCUAUGGUAUAGAGAAGUUUAAUAAUAGUAGAUGCGUCAUGUUUAAAAUGUUGUCUUAAAUUUAAUUUAAUCGAUAAAAAUACAUCGUCGACGUGUCAGGCGAUUUUUUAAGGACGAUAUAAUUACCUAUCGUGUAUUAUGACAUCGUUAUAAACUAAUAUAUUAUGCAGAAUAAUAUAUUGUGCAAUCGAUUCGGUCCGUGUACAUAAUAUAGUAAGACGGUGAUCUCCAGGGAAAAUUAGGUUUUUGUACAUAUAUUUUAUUAUUAUUUAUGUAUUAUAACAGACCUCCCGGUCAUCGGUUUAAAACUUUCAAUCCGAUCGACGCCAAAUGUGACACUUAAUCGUCAUAAUAAUUAUCGUCUGGGUUCGGCGCGAUCCGACAAUGUCCGAUGGAUUGUUUAGUGAACAUUUCAGUACCCCACUUUAAUCACUAAUACCUAAAUAAAAUAUAUGGGGGUGGUUUCAAGAUUUUAUUUUUGUUUUUUGUUUUCCAACUUCGGGGAAUUUUAUUUGUUUCGGUGUUAAAGGAAAACGGUCUUCUGCAACAGCCUUUAACCAUUCUUAAACGUUUUCUAGUAUAUAUAUACGAUUAUAAAAUCGUUGUACAUUUCUUCCGAGGGAAACCAAUUUACCUCAAAAUACUAUCAAAGUUUUAGCGUCCAUAGCGCGCGUUGUUUCCGUGGUGUAAGAACUUUUUUAAUAAAAAGAAAUUUAACUAGGUACGAUGGAACAAUAUAAUAGUCAUAAUAAUUGAUAUUAAUAUUAUUAUCUUAAAAUAAUUUUAUCUUUCUUCCUCUCUGAUAUUUAAUAUUGAGUAACGUAUGUUUUUCAUGUUUAAAGAUACAUCAUAUUUUUAUCAUUUUUUUUUUUUAUUUACUUCGCCUAAGUGAAACAAUCAAGGUGUCCCCUAUUUGAUACAUUCAUUCAUUGAUCGUUUAAUGAACAGUCGAUUAUAGUCUCGGAGUUAUUACAUAUAAUUAUAUUUUAUAUUGGUUCUAUAUUUCAUGGGAUUUUUUUGUUUUUGACUAUAAUAUAGGCAUUGUGAAACAUUCGUAAAAUCACUAAUCAUCUCCUCGAAGAUAAACCGCGGGCUACCUCAGCGGGACGUUGUAUAGUGUACUCUUUAGCCGUCUACCUACUGCACGUGUAACACUUUUCUGUAUUUGUAAUAAAUGUGUUGAUUUAAUCCUGAUAAACGAUGAUGAUGUACCAUUACUCAUUCUUAGCGAGUUAUCGUCGUCGAGUGUCGUGAAACCUAUUAAUUGGAAAUCGAUCGACUGCGCGGGUUUGUGAUUAACAGAUUUCUCUAUUUACCGCUGUUGUUUUUUUAUACGGCCGGCCUUAACAUAUUUUUCGAAAAAAUAAAAUCGAAAUGGGACUCACUGUGUUGUUGAAAAAAUGUGAAAUACUUAAAAAUUAAAGUUACUCCAAAAUUUAAACACCCAUAUAUCUACCUGAAAUACCAUAGAGUAUUGACGAUAGCAGAACAUUUUGAUAGGUAUUCCAGGCUGUGGGAAAACGUAAUUAAUCGUUCGAAUUUAAUUCUUGUGUGAUAUAAUUUUAAUAUAAUAUAAUAUAGGCCUAUUUCUGUUAAUUUUAUUUUUGAUGGACAUAUUUAGUGAUAUACUAAAAUGUUCUUAAAUAGUAUUUAGUAUAUCUAAUUAUGUAUAUACAUAUCGUAUGUAAGAGUAUACAUAUAUUAAAUUUAUUGUCUAAUAAUAAUUGUUAUUUUUAUACUUCAUCGUAAUAACAAAAUAAUAUUCGUUGUCGUUUCGCGAAACUACCAAAAACUUUCUCAAUAAUAUUUGUUUUUGUUUUCAUUCACUCUAUGUUAUUAUGUUUUGUUCACCAAUUUUUUUUCCCGACUCAUCGCGAAGUUUAGAUACAGGUGGAGGACAUUGUUUUAUUAUUCUCGUGUUAUUUUGUACCAGUGGCGAAGGAUACAUUUAGAAUGAUAUUAAAAGCGGUUACCAAAUUUUUUCAGGUGAUAAGUUGAUGGAAUACAUUUUAUUCCAUUUUAUUAGUUGUAGUCAUAUUAAUUUAAAUUGCAAUAGAUUAUUAUUCUGUAUAUACUUAUAAUAUACUUUUAUAUUUUGUUGGUUUUCCAAUCAUUCCAUUGUGAUUUAGUAUUUAUCGUUAUUUUUAUUCUGUAUUUUAUAAAUGUUAUGUUAUUAUAUAAUAAACAAUAUUGCGCGUAGGUAUUAUGCUAUUAUAAUUAUUUUUAUACUAUGUUAUAAUAAUUACUUUUAUAUAAUGUUAUGGUACAUUGAAACAGGGUUAGCCGCAUGGUGGUGAACAUGUAUAGUUUUAUUACCGCGUUUUAGUAUAAAAUAUUUGAACUGUUAUAAGGCAGUUUAAGUGUACCAACAUAAUAUUGCUAUUAUAAUACUGUAUAAAUUUUAACUUUUUUAUUUUUCAAAAUAGUUUUUAAUUAUAAUAUAUGUCCUGUUGGUAGUUAAAUAUUUUUUGUCCGGCAAUACAUUUUAAAGUCUAGUUUUUAUGUAUAUUGUUUUUCUCGUUAAACCGACCAAAGUUACCACCAAAGCGAUUUACCAGCGUAUUUACGAAU